AGGAAACAAACAAACAGAAGGAGCCUUAUCUCUUUUUCUUUCCCUUCUAUUCUUUCUCUUCCUCUCUGAAGCUAUGAAAUCUAUCUUCAUCUUUGUUGCAGCAAUUCUUGCAGUCCUUUCCAUCUACUUGUCUACCAAACCAUCUCCUUCAUUCAAGCCACCACUUAUUGCCGGAGCCUAUGACAAGCUCCAUGAUGCAGAGGUAAUUCAUCUCCCCGGAGAAGCCGUCGGCCCGGAAAGUAUUGCCUUUGAUCCUAAUGGAGAGGGUCCAUACACAGGUGUCUCCAAUGGUCGAAUCCUCAAGUGGGAAGGAAACGAAGGCUGGACGGAAUUUGCAUUCACUUCUCCACAAAGAAAUGAGUGCGAGGGCUUUUAUUCCCCAAAGAUGGAACAUUUAUGUGGGAGGCCACUAGGAUUAAGAUUUCAUCCCAAGACAGGAGAUCUCUACAUUGCUAAUGCCUACCUUGGGCUCCAGAAGGUAGGCCCAAAUGGAGGUUUGGCGACUCAAUUGAUCACCGAGGCUGAAGGCGAACCCUUAAGCUUCACCAAUGAUUUGGAUAUUGACAAGGAUGAAGAUGUAAUCUAUUUCACUGAUUCUAGCACAAACUUUCAAAGAAGACAGUUUAUGUCAACAGUUCUAAGCCUCGACAAGACUGGUAGGUUGAUGCAAUAUGAUAUAUCAAGUAAACAAGUGACUGUGCUGCUGAAAGGCCUAUUAUUUCCAAAUGGUGUGGCAUUGAGCAAAGACAACACCUUCUUGCUAAUUGCUGAGACUACUACUAGUAGGAUCCUAAGGCUUUGGCUUCAAGGUCCUAAAGCUGGAACUCUUGAUGUCUUCACUGAGUUACCAGGAUUUCCUGAUAAUAUUCGAAGGAAUUCAAAAGGGGAGUUUUGGGUUGCUUUGUACAGCAAGACAGGAAAAGUUGAGAACUGGGCUCUUUCGAACCCUUGGUUUGGGAAGCUAUUCUUGAAGCUCCCUGAUAGAGUUAAGAGAUUACAGUCACUGAUUGGUGAAAUGAAGGCUCAUGCAACUGCUGUGAAGCUGAAUGAGGAGGGAAAAGUUGUGGAAGUUUUGGAAGAUAGCCAAGGAAGGACUUUGAGGUUUAUUAGUGAAGUGGAAGAAAAUAAUGGAAAUUUGUGGUUUGGAUCAGUGUUGAUGCCCUUCAUGGGCCGUUAUAACUUGCACUAGAGCAGCCUUGACUUAGGGGACUUUUUCUUGUUAUUGAGAAUGAGAUGCAUCCAAUUUACUAUAGGAGAAUAAGUAGAAGAAAUAAAGUUUUCAAGGCUCAAGUUUAGAAAGCCA